AUUCGACAGACAGCUCGAGAAUUCAGCCAACAAUUGGGAAGAAAAGUGCGUGGCGCGUAUCAAGACGGCCAGUGGGUGCGUCGCAACGCAUUGCUGAGGGGCGUCGGAAAGAGUGUGGCAGGGUUGGCGAAAAAGACGAACACAAGAAAGAAAAAAAGGAGAAUCAGUCAACUGCGUUCGACAGCACAGUAUCUCACAAGUGGUCGAGAUCAUAUGCCAGAUGUUUAAAAGCUGGCUGCGUAGUUGUGAUGUUGAUGCAUCGUGGUGGUCACAUGUAUACUCUCCUGGGUUCGGGUUUGAUGGGGCCGGGCUAUCCUGUGGUGGUGGGAGUGGAAGAGUGUGGAUGACGAACUCUGGUUAGUAGUUUUGGUGACCAGGCGUAUUAGAUUUUAGUGGUGUUUCUGCUACUGGGUGCAAACUUUGACGCGGAGAGCGAGAGAGAGAGAGAGAUAGAGAAAGAGCUCGAGGGAUGGGCUAUUUGUGAACACUCGGUAAGAGAAUUUGAUGAUCAGAACUCUAUUGCUGUCCGCCACUCGCUCGUUCGACUGUGUGGUACAUGGUGGAGGGCCUAAGUAAUGUCAGAGACGUUUGGAUUUAUUCUCGGCCGUCGCAACAAGGUUCACUGAUGAAAUGCUCAUUGAAGUUUAAAGGUGUACGAAAGUGGAUCGAACUCUCAGCAGCGAGCAUUGAGCUUCUGUUACUUCGAGUGUUUGUAAGAGCACUGGUGUCUUCGGAGCAAUUUUUGAAAAAAAUCGAGCUGAUUUAGGGUAUUUCUCUUCCGAGGGUUCAAGAUGUUAGGAGCAGGAAGGAAGAAUCCUCAAGCAGUGGGGCUUGCAGGGGUAGGUAGUCAAGUCCAACAUCGAUUUUUACGAAAAGAUUCUUCUUCAAAGCCGUUAUACGGAUUCUUACGGCUCUGCCAAUAUCAUGACGAUUUUUCUACUGGGAGAGUUAGCGUCAGUAAUAAUCCUAGGCUUGCGCAAGCAAAUCUUAGGAGAAGGCCUCAGGGUAGGAAUUUGACAAGCUCGCUACGAGAGAGUCGUAUUGCCUGCAGCUCUGAGUCCAAUUAUACCAAUGUUUUUAGUGACGUUCCAAUUGAAGUCGUAAAAUGUCUUGAAGAAGCUGAAAAUCAGUCUCUCAAGGCGGUGCAAGGAGGAGAAUCACAACCAAAGAAGCACGAGACGUCUACUCUUGAAGCUGGGACCAUUGUUAGUUCUGUCUCAACGGCACUUGAAGGGAUAUGGACUGAGGAAGAUACAAAAAAUGACCAACUUUGCUCUAUGGAGCCAGAGGUACUCAUGGCCGCUGCCGCUAAGGUUGCAGAAGCCUUGGAAAAAGAGGAGGAGGAUCAACCAGGUCAAAUGUAUUUCCACAUGCUGGAGCCUGCCUCUCCUGUAGCAGCCCCUGUUAUGAUCAGAGAUUUCAGUGAGACGAUAGAAUCGUCGGACGAUGAAGAGGAAGUGGUAGGAUUUAUGACUCAUGUAGAAGAAAAAGAGUAUAUCGCCCCUCCCGAACCUUCUGUUCUGGAAGAAGGGUCUAUAAAUGCUGCGGUAGACGUCAAGCAGCCGGAGGUUGUGAUACCUGAAGAAGAGGAGCACUUGCUAGAACCUGGAGCAGUUGCAUCAGCUCUUAUGGUCAAAGAAGUAGCAGACGCUUUGAAAACUGUGGAAGGAGAUAAAUUGUUAGCUCCUGUUCAUGAAAAGGAGUCUGAUAACGUUGCAGUUCAAGACCCCGAAGAAAAAUCGCUAAUGGAGCAGCUGAAAGAAAUUAUUGUAUUUGCUGGGCCUGCUCUCGGUAUUUGGCUAUCAGGCCCGAUUAUGGGAAUUAUCGACACGUCCGUAAUUGGUAACAGUAGUUCUUUGGAGCUUGCUGCUCUUGGUCCAGGUACAGUUCUUUGUGAUCAAGUAUGUUACAUAUUCAUGUUCCUCUCGGUGGCGACCUCCAAUUUGAUCGCCACGUCUCUAGCUCAGAAAAACAAAGAGGAGGCAAAGCACCAUCUAUCAAGGAUGCUGUUUUUAGCCUUGGCCUUCGGAAUGGGCUUGCUUGUUGCUACAGAAGUUUUUGUCACGCAAUUACUACAAGCUUUUGUUGGGGCUCAGAAUUACGAUUUGAUACCAGCAGCAAAAGUGUAUGUUCAGAUUCGAGCUCUGGCAUGGCCUGCAGUGCUUGUUAGUUUGGUGGCUCAGAGUGCCAGCCUUGGAAUGAUGGAUUCAAAAACCCCGCUGAAGGUGCUGGUAAUCGGAAGUAUGUGCAACCUGGUCGGAGAUAUCGCACUUUGCUCAUUCCUAGGCUAUGGUAUCGCAGGGGCAGCAUGGGCUACUAUUGCUUCUCAGUAUGUGGCAGGAAUUCUGAUGGCUCUGUCACUUAGUAACAAGGGCUACAGCCCUUUUGAUAUAAAAGCACCUUCUCUUAAAGAGCUAGUUGACGUUGCAAAACUUACCGCCCCGCUACUUCUAUCCAUGAUAUCGAAGGUGGCAUUUUACACAUUGGUCACAUUUUUGGCUACUUCUCUAGGAGCUGUUACGAUUGCGGCUCAUCAGGUUAUGGUUGGAAUUUAUGGCCUUUGUGCUGUGUGGGGAGAACCUCUUGCUCAAACUGCGCAGUCCUUCAUGCCUCGUCUCAUGUAUGGUUCGCAGAAGAAUUUGAAGCAGGCACGGAAGCUUCUCAAACAGCUCAUGACUAUAGGACUGGUUGUUGGAACCGUCGUUGGUCUAAUAGCAGUUUCUAUACCCUGGAUUUGUCCCCAAGUCUUUACCAAAGACACUGCAAUCAUAUCACAGAUGCGAGGAAUAACAAUACCUUUCAUAGUCAGCACGAUUUCAUGUCCCCCAACUUUGUCUUUGGAAGGAACUCUACUGGCUGGUAGGGACUUUAGAUUCUUGAGUCUUAGUAUGACCUCUUGCUUCAUCGGCGGCACCAUCAUGCUCCUGGCCGCUAAAUCGCUAGGAUUUGGACUUCUAGGAAGUUGGUGGACACUAGCUUCCUUCCAAUGGGCACGCUUCAUCUUCGCCUACAUUCGCCUCAAGUCUGCAAAAAGCAUUUUGAGUGACAAUUCUCCCCUGCAAGUAGCAGCUUGAAGACAAACUCUUAUUAUUGCAACAUUUCUAAUGAAAUGAUAUCAUUAACUUCGAGGGCACUUCUCAACAAAACAUACUCAACUCGGCUUGUUCAUUAAAUCUCUGAGCUAUUAAAUGUAUAUAGUGAAGCUGAUGUAUUUAUAUGCUAUAAACGCAUGUAUUUUCAGUGUUGUUAGGCACUAGCGAUCAGCAAUGCGGUUAGCAUGAUGUUCUUUAUGUUUGUACACUCAUUUUAAAGAUUCUUGCAUGCAAUUGAAGCCAUCACGGCAGCUAUUGGAAUCUCAA